UACAGGGAAAUAAGCCCGAGUGGAUACACUGCACUGUCUCCUGGCCCCUUUGGAAGAGGCGUCAAUUUGACUUUAAACCCAGGAGCUCCUUUAGAGCAGUGGAGAUGAAACUGUUGCCAUAGCAUUUUCCUUCUCUAUUCCUGUCUACCCCUCCUCCCCCAGAGCAGCAACAAUUUGCGCGCUCGACCGCUUUCCUUCCAGAACCAGAUGCGUUUCCAGAAGCCAGGACUCCAGUGAUGUGACAGCCACAGCACUAAACAACUGUACCCAGCAGGAGGGAAAUUUAGUAAGUCUAAGGGUGCUGUUGAGUUUCUCAGGACAGACUCAUCUCUGCGGCUGCAAUUGCAGCGAGAAUUCGAGAUCCCCUACGUCUCAGGGGCGCGCUGCACAAGCACAAGCCAAGCCACAAGCAAGUACCUCUGCAACACAAGCGGGCUGCUCUUAGCGCUCGCAGCCGGGGACGCUCCCUCCCCACGCGUCCCUUCCCUCUGCAGUGAGCUGACUCCAGCGCCCGCAGCGGCCGCUGGCGCACCGAGUCCCAGCCGGCGCGCUCGGAACACGCGCUCCCCCGCCUCCCUCUCGGGCCCCCGCCCUUGGCUCACUCGGGCCCACUCCCGCGGCGACUUUGAGGGAUUCCCUCUCGGGCGGCCUCUGCAGCAGUACAGCUGGCCUCGUUCGCGCCGCUGCGAGCAUGGAUCGCCAGGGAAGAGCCGUUCUGGGCGUCCCCACACUUGGAGUUCUGCUGAUGCUGUUCCAUACACUGGCUCAAAUCGUAGCAGAACAAGAAGUGGAAAAUCUCUCAGGCCUUUCCACUAACCCUGAAAAAGAUAUAUUUGUGGUGCGGGAAAAUGGGACGACGUGUCUCAUGGCAGAGUUUGCAGCCAAAUUUAUUGUACCUUAUGAUGUGUGGGCCAGCAAUUACGUAGAUCUGAUCACAGAACAGGCUGACAUCGCGCUGACCCGGGGAGCCGAGGUGCAGGGCCACUGUGGCCACAACGAAUCGGAGCUGCAGGUGUUCUGGGUGGAUCGCGCGUACUCGCUCAAAAUGCUGUUUGUAAAGGAAAGUCACAACACGUCCAAGGGCCCUGAGGCGACGUGGAGGCUGAGCAAGGUGCAGUUUGUCUACGACUCUUCCGAGAAGACCCACUUUAAGGACGCCGUUCGCGCUGGGAAGCACACGGCCAACUCGCAUCACCUGUCUGCCUUGGUCACCCCCGCUGGCAAGUCCUACGAGUGUCAGGCUCAGCAGAGCAUUUCUCUCGCCUCCAGUGAUCCACAAAAGACGGUCACAAUGAUCCUGUCGGCAGUGCACAUCCAACCCUUUGACAUCGUCUCAGACUUCGUCUUCAGUGAAGAGCAUAAAUGUCCAGUGGAUGAGCGGGAGCAAUUGGAGGAAACCUUGCCCCUGAUUUUGGGGCUGAUAUUGGGCCUCGUCAUUGUGGUAACACUCGUGAUUUACCACAUCCACCACAAAAUGACCGCCAAUCAGGUGCAGAUCCCUAGGGACCGGUCCCAGUAUAAGCACAUGGGCUAGGGCCCAUCCCACAAGCCUUUGCCCCCAACUGGAUCAGGUUAAAAAAACACAAGCACUUUUCACCUUUACACAGGAUACACCAACAUACUACAGUCAAACAGGCCUGGGUAUCAGAGUCUUGCUUGGCCUUCAUCCAUGCUUAAACCCAGGGAGGGAGGGACUAUUUUGGAUUUAGGAGGUGAAUGACAAUUGUUCUCUCCAUGCUGGGGAGUGGAGGGGGAGGGGGUCAGCCAGCUUUCUUGCUCAUGGAGGCUUGGCUUUGACUUUCCAAGGUACAGCGCAUAUCGCUUGGAGGAGGAUCUGGGCCUGAAGUUUAGGGACUGGAAACACAUUCUUUAGGGAGGAAACCCCUCUAGGUUUGGAGGAACAGGGGGUGCUUUUCUCUCUUGGACACAGCUGGCUUGCUCUCUACCGUUGUCAAUACACACACAAUACAACCUCACGCUCCCUGCAGCAAGACCCCUGAAAGUGACCCAUGCUUCUGGCUGGCGUUCUGCAUGUCUAGUGAUUGUCUUGGGAAUGUUUCACUGCUACUUGCACCCAGUGACUUUGCAGCACCAGAACCCGUUUAAUGUAACUAUGCAGAGUUUUUGGACUUAAAAUGUGUCAGGUCCGAGUAAGUGGACCUGAAGAAUCAAUCCUUGUGAGUUGUUUUUCAAAAUGAAUUAAAGUACACUACUCUCUGA